AGCGCGAGCAUGACAAAUUUGGACGGAAGCUGCCUUUUUGGGAUGGGAAAAACAAAAUAAGAUCCUCUGCACCCCCUGCUGUGAGUGAAUUCCAGGGCCCCUGCAUUUGGCUGGUUUUUACGUUGUGACUGGACUGGGUCUGGGGACUGUCUUUCCCAUCUGGAGUCCUGGCCCGGCCCCGCCGUUGCUGUCCGUCCGUCCGCCCUCCCGCCCCUCCCCGUUCCCGGCGUGAGUGACAGCUACGACGGCGACCUCCCGCAGACGCGCCUCGGGUUCGUUCUCGUUUGUGGCGUUGGACGUGAUGCAAUGCUCUGUUUUGGCCAACGUAACGCCCCCCACCACAGCGACACCGGCACGCGGGCAGAGAGGACGGAGCCCACGGGUGUAGCAAAGCAUAGCCGAGCCUAGCUUAGCCCGCUGGACGUACUUGUGGAGCGGAAGCCAUUGUUUGAGUUGUCAGCUAACAUGGCAAGACAGCAACGCCGGUUAGAAGGUGGCGGUCAUCCCACACGAUGAGUGCCGGCCGCCCGCCCGCAAGAGCUGCCACUUUCUCCCUCCCCGCUUUGGAUUUCUUAAAAGUAGCCCCCCGGAGAGAUGACGGACAGGAAUGAGCCCCCCUUCUUCAACGACAACCACAUGGAGGAGUUCCACGAGACUCUUCUGAUGUAUGACCCCAUCGAGCUGUUCAUCGAGACACUGACGGGGACCUGUUUCGAGCUGCGCGUCUUGCCUUUUGAGGCGAUCAUCUCCGUCAAGGCCAAGAUACAAGGGCUCGAGGGCAUCCCAGUUUCCCAACAACACCUCAUCUGGAACAACCUGGAGCUGGAAGAUGAACAAUGUCUACACGAUUACGGCAUUGAGGAGGGCUGCACUUUGAAGCUGGUCUUGGCUAUGAGGGGAGGUCCAGUCAACAACGGACGAGUAACAACGGAGGAUCCCAUGAAAGAAGUGGUGGACUCAAUAGAGGGCACCAAGGAAGACGCCUGGGAGAAAAACUUGGCCAACAAGCCGCUCACGUUCGUAGUCUACCGCGAAGGCGAUCAGAUCAACUUCUUCCGGGUGGUGGACAGGGGAGACACUACCCUUCCCCCUAUGUCAGAAUCGCUCAGCGCCGGCUCGGUGUGCAACAUGUGCACCAAAGAGGACAGCGGCGAGCUCGGCGCAGCCACGCACAGCCAAGAAAAUACCAUCACGAUGAGCAAAAUGAGGGCACUCAAAGCUAAGAUGGAAGACAUGAACAUCAACAAGAAGCCAAAGAAGACCACGAGUAAGGCAAAACCGAAUCCCCCCUCUGGCCCGCACCCGACGCCUUCUAUAACUCGACUCCACCGGGGCUUCCUGCGUUCGCUCCCGCAGAUAAAAAACCAGGCUCGCCAAUCCGCUGGGCAUCUGCCUCCCAUCGCGGAUCAAGAAUUCCCAGUCCCCAGACGGACGCCGUUCCCCUCGCCGCUUCGCUACACACUGGAAGAGGACCCCGGCUCACCCUUCGCCAGCAUUCGACCUCCUACCAAGAUUUCCCGUUUGGAUGUUGGAGGCGGCCGCCAGAUGGGGGGCUGCGUGUACCCUAAGCUUCCUCCACUGUGCGCGAGAGGAUCGCCCGAAACCGCGUUCGAGCCGGUCGGCGAGGCGGUCCGCUUGAGUUUAUUGGAGGAAUCCGGCAGACUGGUGGCGCCGUCGCAGUCUCCUGCCUUGUUCGGGAAAAUGGCGGACCCCUUGAGUUUGAAUUUGGACCCUCGGUCGGAAGAAUCUUGUAAAACCUUUGAUGGAGGGGCGCCGAUUUCCUCGACUUCACUCGGUACUUGGACCCUAAGAAACGGCGGCGCGGAUUUAACGCAACUGGGCGCUGCCUUGGGUUUAAGCCCCGCCUCCGGCUCCCCGAAGCCACUCCUCCAGCCUUAUGACACGCAGGUAAAACAGCGCAGCCCGUCAGGUCACACGGGGCGCCUUCGGGGUAGCGCUGCCGCUAAGGUGAAGUCGCCUGGCAAGCGGUCCAAUCUACUCACCAAGAGGGAAGCCAGAACCGUGACUAAGAUGGCCAAACAAGCCGACAGAGAGCAAGCCAUCAACUUGGACCUCCUGGCCUCGCUCUCUGCGAGGUCUGAGGACACCAAGACGGGAGGCCCGGGGGUUCAGCUGCCAGCCGCCACGCCGGUCACGCAGGGCGUCCCGGGCUCCAGGCUGCCCGGUCUCCCUCAGGCGAUUAACAAAGGUCUGGCGUCCAGCAGGGCAAUGGUGCCUCCAUUUAGAAGAGUUGGAACUCUGACGCACAACCUACCCCCGCUCAAGGCCCCCUCCGGCACCAAGAAAAAGAGUUCCAAGCACUGCUUCCUUUGUGGCAAGAAGACUGGUUUGGCCUCCAGCUACGAGUGCAGGUGCGGCAGCAACUUCUGUGCCGCUCACCGCUACGCAGAGACGCACGACUGCUCGUACGACUACAAAGGGGUGGGACGCCGCUUCCUGCGGGACAACAACCCGCUGGUCAGCGCUCCAAAGUUACCCAAGAUUUAGAAACUUAUUCCGAAAAAAGCGCGAACGGACCAUCCUAUUCACCGUCUUGUGCUUUUUACCCCCCCAUCCCAAUUUUUCUAACUACUCAAGUUAAGUGUUCCUUUUAUUUCAUGUGCAGGUACGUUGUUUGUUUCCAGGCAAAAAAAAAAUCUCAGCCAGAUGCACUUUAGAAAUAACAAACAUUUACACUUCGAUACAAGGGUGAGGGGUAAUUUUAUUGAGUUUUGAGUUUUUCCCCUCACGAGCUCUUAAUUCUCUCAGUGUCAUUGACGGUGAUAGACGUCCAAUGACAUAGCUCUUUAAAAAAAAUGAUACUCUUCCAUUUGAACUGAGAGGGAUGCAAAUGGAUUGGACAUCUUAUCGCCGUCAAUGGCAGACGAUGAGUCCAGAGACGAUAUUUAUUCAGAAAGUAUUUAAAGUCUGCAGUUUGUGUCUGUGUGGACGCCAGUCAUAACUGUAUCAUUUAAAUGUGUUAAGUCACGGUGGUUGCCAAAAUGGUGUUUUUUUUUUUUGUUUUGUUUUUUUUUUAAUGUUGCAAAAAUCACAACUGCAGGGGUUUGACUGAAUAAAAGUUUUUUUCCCCGUA